GAAUUAGAAUGUCUCUGAAAAAAGAAUGUGAUUAUAUUUAUAUAUUUAAUAUUAUUUGUGGCGCCGACAAACUGACCAAAAAUUAUGGAAAUUACCUAUAAACUUCCGAAUUUAGAAGAAUGAAACAUCCAAGAAAAGAAUUUAAAAAAGAAAAAAAAUACAACAUUGGUUACCGUGUGACAAUAAUUCAUCAAUGUGAAUCAUUAUUUUAACGUUUUGCUUUCCAAAUAUAUAAAAUUAAAAAAAAGAAAAGAAAAAAAAAAAGAGUCAAAGUUGGAUCCUUUUAUUUGAUCGCCUUCCGUUUCUCAGUUGUUAUUGAUCGAUCGUAUGAACAAUAUGCAAUGGCCAUAGAUCAGACCAAGAAGCUCAAGAAUCUCAUCGACGCUUUCAAAGAUCAGGCCUCAAUAAUCAAAGCCACUUUCUCAAUUCAUCGCCGUUCAUCUUCCAUUAAAGUCGCCGUCGUCCGUGCCACCACGCACGGCGCCAGAAACCCACCUUCCGACGCCCGACUCGCUGCUCUGUUAGCCCUUGGAAAUGACUUCCGUUCCUCCACGGCAUUUGUCUGCAUCCAAGCCUUGAUGGAACGGCUUCAUACAACCACGAGCGCCGCCGUGGCCAUGAAAUCGCUUUUCACUCUGCAUAUAAUUGUAAUUCGAGGUCCGUUUAAUCUGAGGGAUGAGGUGGCGUUUUCCCCUUAUUACGGAGGGCGAAAUUUUCUAAAUUUGUCCGCGUUUCGCGACGUAUCGGACUCGGAGAUGAGCGAGUUGUCGUGUUGGGUGAGAUGGUAUGCAGGGGUUGUGGAACAUAUCAGGAAAUUGGAUUGGAUUCUGUAUUUUCGUUCAAGAAAUCCCGAAAUUGUGGAAGGUAAAGACAGGAAGAUUCCCGAAUUGUUGGAGGAAUUGGAUGUUCUUUUGGGUUUUUUAGAGCGGAUUUCGGAAGUUCCCGAGUCGUUGCAUGUCCAGAAAUCGGAUUUGGUUUACGAGGUUGUGAGAUUGGUUCUGGAGAGUUACCGGUUGGUGCAGAGGGAGAUUCGGGUCCGAGUUAACGAAAUCGGAAACAGAGUCGAGUGGCUGAGUCGGGACGAGUUAACCGAGUCGGUGGAGAUUCUGACUCGGAUGGAAAAUUGCAGAAGGAAAGUGAGUGUGUUGUUUGUGAACAGAGGGAAGAACGAUGAGUUGUGGGAACUGGUGACGUGUACGAAAGGGAAACUGGUGGAGCGGAGGAGGAGGAUGACGACAAUGACCGAGUCGACUCGGUUGUGGAACCCGUUUGUUGAACCGGGUUCAUUGAGACCGUUGGGCCCGGCUUUGCUUCCACUGACCGUUUCAACGGUAGGAUAGUUCGAACCUUUUGUCUGUUUCUUUGAGCUUGAAAUCCGUUAAAAAGAAAGGAUUUUUUUUUUUUUUUUUUUUUUUUUUGAAAAAUGUGAAAAAGUUACCUGUUAUGUUUUUUUAUUCCUUGGGUUUUGAGUUUUUACUCAUUGUAAAGUGUAUUGGUGUGGCUUUGUGCAUAAAUGACGUUAAAUGAAAUGGUUCGGUUUAGUUUGGGUUA